AUGAAAGAAAAAGGGCAUUGUGAAGAACACAAGGCGGAGUUACUAUUCUGUUUACUGCGUAGCUCUUGUUGCACAGAGAAAAAACUUACUCCACGUCAGUGUUUAGAACCAGAAAACUUUCCUAGCGAGUGCGCACUUGCCAGACGUGCUUUUCACUUGUGUUGCAUUGAACCAAUACAGCUCAGUGAAUUAAAACGUUUGGAUGUCAACAGCUUGUCUACAACUAGUAUACUACUACAUUUGCAUAAAUGGCUACUGCUUAAUAAGACCAAAUUUUAUGAAGGUCUUACGCGAUUGGGUUAUAAGAAUUUGAUUAUACAGUAUGGAAAUGGUUCCAUUAUACCUCAUACUUCUGAAGAAGGUACUGUCGAAAACUUACACAUUGAAGCUUUUCGAUACAAGGAUUCUCUCAAGGCCGAAUUUGCCAAUGCUUCUCUGGUUAUUAGUCAUGGAGGUGCUGGUGCUUGUUUACAAGCCCUUACUCCACUUGGAAGUCGUCGACUAAUCAUAGUUAUAAAUGAUUCGUUAAUGGGUAAUCAUCAAGAAGAACUUGCGCUUAAUCUAUUGCGAGGGAAGCAUGCCUUAGUUUGUACUCCUUCGUCACUUAAUCAACUGAUUUGGACAGGAGUCGAGUCUAUUUAUCCUUCUGAAUUAACGUGUGACAGAAAACUAUCCUUAUCAGAGCUUCGUAAACUCCUAGGACCUGAUGUACCUCCUGAACAAGCUGGUUUUGUUGGUUUUACACGCGGUAAACCAGAGAGGUUGUUAUCGUAUCUUGAGAAGCGUUUAUCGACAUUUUGACAUUUGUGUUGUUGGACAUAUUUCAUACAAUCUAACUGUUAAUAUUCUCUAGCACUGUAAUUACAAAAUUAAGAUGUAGUGUGACCUUUUGCUUUUCAUUUGAUCACUUAGAUGUUUUUAAUGGUUGAAUUACAAUGUAUAUUAAUAUGACAAACAUAUUAUUGUAUCUAAAUUACCUUGCCUUGAGACCCUGAAGAUAACAAAAUGUUGUUACUCAAUAAUAAUCACAAUAAAUGUCACUACACUCUACUAACCUUAAAGUAUAUGUAUACACGCAAUAAACUCUGAACUGGUAAGUAUUCUACCACUAAACCGCCGAUGAGUCAACAGUGUUAUUAAGUUAUCCUAUCUGCGACUCGUCAGCUGGGUGUACCUGCACUGGGCUACCUGGAUUUCCAUCCGAGACAAUGCAUCUUAUUUCGUUUAAUUCUUGUUGUUAUAAUCAUUCAGUUAUGUCUGUACUCAUGUACAUUUUAAUUGGUUUGCGAACAUCUGGUAGACCAAAAUGAUACUAUAAGCGAAUAUUUCGUACUUUAGAUCGAACAUGAUGUACUUCAGAUGGCUGUUUUACUUGAGAAUCCUGAUUGGAGAGAAGAAAUUAUACAAUUAACUAUUCUAAAAAUUGUGCAUGUUGUGUAUAACAUCACAUUCAUGGUGUUAAAGUCCACAUUA